AUACUGAAACUCACCCGUUCGCAAGUAAGGCUUGGCCGUGAUUAUAACAAACGCUUGCACUCAGGUACCGAGCCGCUUCAGUUCCUUGGUUCAGGGGUUGGUCAGUUUCAGGUCUACUACAAGCGCGAAUUUCCAUCCUCUGAAGAGAUACUCAGUCGGAUUCUUGUGGACGGAGCGACAGUGCUUGUGCUGAAACUGGAUCAGUCUAACGCCCUUAAACUUCUCACUAUGGCUCAGGAAAAGAAUAUCCUUCUUACUCCAUUUCACUGGCUCGUCUUCAACGCGAAUUUUGCCUUUAAUCAGGGCCUAACCUUAUCGGGAAACGCGUACGACGUGGCAGACGCGAAUUUCUACGCCGUUGAGUUGUCGACCAAUGGAAAAUUUCAGGACUAUCCGGAAUUCAACAGUAUACCGAAACCAGUAACCACGAACGACUUGAUAUUCCGGGACAUGACCGUUGUGGCACUUAAGAAAUUGUCCCAACUCCUCGCUAUUCAGGUGAGCGAACGGUCAACAUGUCUGCGGCCUGUGAACAUUGAGAGAACUAUCAUUUACAUCUUUACCUUAAAGACCUACCGAAUAGAGCGAAAACCCAACGGAACUGUUGACGGAAAUUUCCAGCCCCUGAAACCUACUCCGACCCGCGAAAGCCUGCUCAAAUUGAUGCAAUCGAAGCCAUUUCGCAUUGGCACUUUCGUGAUUCCCCCGCUAAUUGAAUUAGUGGACGAUCAGACAAACAGGACUACUAGGGUCCAGGGUCCUCAGAUCGCGGUAGCUACGAAACUGCUUGAACGUCUAAACGUCUCCUUCGAGAUCACCGUCUUUGACUUGGAGGUUGGCGAAAAGGUUGGCGAUCGAUGGACCGGACUCUUUGGACACCUCGAAGAGUGGGACAUCGAUCUGUUAGUGGGUCCAAUCUCGUUGACAUGGGACCGACAAGCAGACUUCCAAAGCACAUCACCCUUUCAGAGCAUCUCGUACAAGUUCAUUUACAUGAGGCCAUCGCUGUCGGGGGCACUGCAGAUAUUCCAAUUUGUAGUCGCCUUCGACGGCUACACCUGGCUGCUGAUCUUCAUAACCGCCGUUGUCUUUGCCUGUUCAUUGGCUUUACUGCACAAAAUCAGUCCGAACACCCUCAGCUAUAGCAUCCAUCCCUCGAUGAUUUUCGUCUUUGGUUACCUCGUUCAGGGGGUGCGGACGCGUCCACCGAAUCGCGCUUCUAGUCAAAUUCUCAUCGCCGUGUGGUGGUUCUUCUGUCUCGUACUCGUGAUCGGAUUCUGCGCCAACUACGCUGCCUACCGGUCCUUCACAGCUCUGGAAAACUUGCCGUCUACGGAUUACUCGCUUCUUCACCAGACCUACUAUACGUACGCCUACAUAAACGGAUCAAACACGGAGGAAAUCAUGCGCGCGACGUUAGAUCCGUCGAUUUACGCCCUUUAUCAAAGCAUCAAUAUGAAAUUUGCAAAUAAAAUUCCACCCAACCGAACUGUGGCUCUUGAGCAGGUUUUGAAUGGUCAUUUCGCGCUGAUUGAUGAAUCGCCAUUCACAGAUUAUUACGCGAAAAAGUACUGUCUUGAGACCAGCGUCACAUUGUGGCACGGCACCUACGCCUUCUACAUGCCGAAACUCCUUCCCUACUACGAUAUCGUUGAGGCGGAGCUCAAGGGCAUGGGCGUGGAUGGAACUACUGAGGAAAUUUUUAAGCAAGCAAAGAAAGACCUGGAGGAUCGGAUGCCCACAUUCUGCGGUGCAACGUUUAAGGACCAGGCGCUGGAGGCUAUGCGAAAUCCCCUCGUCAACUGGUCCGACUACUCCAUCGAGUUCGCCGCAGCAUUCGGAAUCUUUAUUUUAGCCCUCAUUGGUCUCGCUAUCGUCGCCGUUAUUAUCACAGUCGAAUGCUGUCUGGGGAUUUACAAAAAGGUGAGUGCGUUUCGUGGAAGACUUCAGUGA